AUGUCUACCCUUCCAAAUCAAAAAUAUGUAACAGAACUAGCAAUCCUCCUCCUCACCCCACCAACGCCGUUCCUCCUCUCUAAUCUACGUGCCGCCCAAGAAACCCUACAACAAGCUUCCGCCCACAAAUUCACAUAUUACAAACCCUCAACCACAAGCACCACCACCACCAUCAUCUCCAAAAUCUAUCUGAUAGGCACCUGGGACUCCGUCUCAGCACACAAUACGUUCUUGAGCUCACAGGAGAACCUGGAUUUGUUAGAGCUGUUGAAGGGUGAGAUACAGGUUGAGGGGAUUGAGAUGUGGCAUGUUGAUAUUGUAACGAGGGGGGUAUAUGAGCCAUUGGGUGCAAUGGAGGUUAGUGGGCUGGUGAGGUGUUAUUUGGAUGAGGAGAGGAGUGCUGGGUCAGCUGAGAAGCUAAAGGGACUGAUGAUCUUGGAAGAAAUGGGGAUCAAGGGAGGUUGGAGGAUUACAGAAAAUAACGAGGCGGGCGUGGAGUGGGAUGGAUUGUUCCUUGGACGCGGAGAUGAUUUUGACAUUAUCGCAAAUGUCGUGGAAGAGCGAUUGAGUAGGACUGGACGGGUGGAGAUUUGCAAACAGGAGCUGUUUGACCUCGACAUCAAAGUGAACUGA